AUGCUGGGCUUCAAGGAGGACGACGCCAUGCGCUUCAUCUUCGGCGAGGACAUCAUGGGAAUGGAGGACCACGCCGCCUUCGACAGAUCGCUCUUGGAGCUUCAGGUUUUCAAGGAGGUCUUCUGCGGGGCCGCCGACAACGCCGCCACCACCCAUCUGCCCGCCGAGAUGGACCUUGGAUUCGUCCACACCGCCACCUCUGCCCACCUCAAGGCCACGGAGAUCUCGCCCGUUCCCUUUCCCUCCCAUGCGCAGCACCAGCACCAGCCUGCCGCUGCCACUGCUGAUCCACACCCCAGAAUGGAUCAUAGUAGUCAGCCAAACAAUAGGCCUCACCACGACCUUCAUCUCCAGGUUCAGGAGCAUGCACACCCUCGUGCGCAGCAGAACGGGGCCGACCUGGAUGCUGCUGCGUUUUUGCAGGGAUUCAUGGGUUCCUGGCAGCCUGGGGAUAAGUGUGCCACUCAUCUACUCGGCCUCUCCGAUGACCAACACCAAUUCGGCCUCUCCGAUGACCAAAACCAAUUCGUCGGCGCAGAUGCUGCUCACAGCAUUUUGGAUGUGCACACGCAAGAUGUUGGAGCUGGGAUGUGCAACGCGCUCGGGCUGGGUUGCAGCAGCAGCACUAGCGCGGUCGAUGACCCCAUGCCUUCCUACAUAGAAGCACUAGCGGAGAUUUCUGAAUUCCAGAGUGCCACUCUCCUUUCAGAUCCCUUUUCGCAUCAGUGGCUCCAGGAUCAGCAGCAAUUCCCUAGCAAUGCAUGCUUCGCUUAUGAUCAAGGCCUGAUGGAUGACACCACUUAUCCCCUAUGUGCAAGUACAAAGGAUUUCUCUGACAGAGGGGGAGUAGAGCAGCAUCUGUUUUAUAGCGAAGAAGCUCAUAGUACUCCGGCAAUACCUCAGCAGUCCCGGUUUUGGUUCAGCCCUGGUCAGUUCACCCAGCUCGAUGGCGCCAUUUGCCAGAACGGCACCCAUGAUGCGAAUAUUAGUUGCCUGGAUGAAAUUGAUGUUCAUGGAUGCGGCAGCGCAGUACACUCUGGCCCGGCAGCUGCUGUUUCCAAGAAGGCACUGGGCAGGGAUAUUCCUGACCAGCUGGAAGCACAUGCACAUCGCCUUUUCAAGGACGCUGGAUGGACUAUUAAGCCACGGAAAAGGAAUGACAGGGCUAAGAUGGCAUCCUACUUCACAGCUCCAAACAGGGAAGCGGUUCAUACCUCACUAACCCAGGCUUGGAAGUUUUGUGGCAACAAGUUAUAUGAAGCUUCCCCAGAUUCAGAAAGGGGAAGGUAUCCAAAGGAGUGGUCAGAUGUUGAUGCGUUUUGGAAGGAUCUCACAGAUACAAUGGCCUAUGUUGAUAGGAUGCUUGCGAACCAGCAAAAUGCACUCACGCUUCUUCAGCGCUGGCAGAUCCUGGACCCUUUUGUAGCUGUUGUGUUCAUCAGUAGGAAAAUCACUGCUCUGCAGCAACAUAAAACUCUUAGAGCUGUCGACAGUUCAACUUUUGUUCUUGAUGGCAGCUCAGAUAUGUCAUUGGAAAGUAAGACCAUGCACAAAGCCAGUGAACUUUUGGCAAGCCGAAUGAUUCAGUUGACUCCACUGAUCACAGACUCUGAUUGCAGCACACUUGCAACUGAGAGCUACAAUGGCCAUCAGUCUUUACAAAGCUGUCAUGAUGUGGAAGACAGCAACGAUAGGGAUACGAACCCAAAGCUUUCCUGCAACGAGAGUCUGAAUUACAAUGCAACUGACCAGACAAAACUUCACAUCGAUGCAAGUGACCAGACAAAACAUCACAUCGAUGCAAGUGACCAGACAAAACAUCACAUCGAUGCAAGUGAUGAUGGAAGGCAAACUUAUGCUCAACCAAAUGCUCUUAAUAGCUCUGUAAAAAAGUCAAGGAACAAAUCGAAAAGGACAUUUGAUAUUAGCUCAGCUGGACUGGAUGGGACCAAUGUAGCAACCAUGGACAUGGCUGACCCAGGAAAUACCAAUGCCUUUGAGGAGCACGGUAUGUGUUCAGGUUUUGGCACACUAAAAGACGAUAUGAAAGCUGAAACAAAAUCAGAAAAGCUAGAUAAAGAUGACCAAAGCAGGAAGUGUGACAUGCUCCUCUCUUCAGUGAGCAAGCAACUUAAGGAUUACAAUACAUUCCCAGAAACUCACUGUACUACAAGGGAGUCACAGUCAGAUGCCACAGCGUUCUGCCAUGAUGGCAAGGUCUGGAAAAAGAUACUCCCAUCCCAUGGAGAAUUUUAUGAGGAUUCACAAAGUGAUCCAACAGGAAAUACUGUACCUGUUGAGUUAUCCCAUGAAUCUAGUGCUGAUGUUCUGGGAACUUAUCUAACAUGUGACUCACAAAUCUGCAAGAGAGGCACUGCCAAAAUGAAACCAAAGGGUUGGUUGAAGUACAUGAAGAAAAGACCUCGUGAGUUGCGGAUCAAUGAUGAGGACCUUUUGAUCACAGCUAUAGUGAAAAACAAUGAUCUUGGCACCUGCCAUAAAUUUGCUUCAGGCUUUUCAGCUGCAAAGAAGUUCAAGAAGCUGAAGAGCCACAAAAAAGGCAACAAGCUAAUUUCCAAAAUCGGGAAAGCUGGCACAAACCUAUUGGGUGGAAAGAGAGUAAGUUUGGCCCGCAAAACUGUAAUCUGCUGGUUGCUUGCAACUGGCUUUCUGACCGUAAAAGAUGUGAUACAGUACCGGGAUCCAAAAAGUAAUGAAGUUAUAAAGGAUGGGCUGGUUACCUGGGAAGGUGUUGUUUGCAAUUGCUGCAAAAAAACCUUAUCCGUGUCUGGCUUCAUGGCUCAUGCUGGUUGUAGUCACCCACAGUCCUCAUUAGGCCUCUUUCUAGAGUCUGGCAAGUCAUACACUUUGUGCCAGGUUGAGGCUUGGUCUGCUGAAUUUAUGAGCAGGAGAAGCAAUGCAUGGGGUAGAAAAGUUGAGGCAAUAGAUGAAAGCGAUGACACCUGUGGUUUCUGUGGAGAUGGUGGUGAAUUACUUUGCUGUGACAAUUGCCCAUCAACAUAUCAUCAAGCUUGCUUGUCUGCUAAGGAGCUUCCAGAAGGUAGUUGGUACUGCCAUAAUUGCACUUGUCAGAUAUGUGGGGGACCAGUUAGUGAAAAGGAGGUUUCGACAUUCUCGGCUAUUUUCAAAUGUUUCCAAUGCGGAGAUGCAUACCAUGACACUUGCAUUGAACUAGAGAAGCUACCUCUUGAGGAUCAAAUAUCUCAGACAUGGUUUUGUGGGAAAUAUUGUAAAGAGAUAUUCAUAGGGCUACGCGGUCAUGUCGGGACAGACAAUAUUCUUGGCAGUGAGCUUUCAUGGUCCAUAUUGAGAUGCAACAAUGACGGGCAGAAGCUACACUCUGUUCAGAAGAUUGCCUGUCUGGCAGAAUGUAAUAUGAAAUUAGCAGUGGCUCUUACUCUAUUGGAGGAAUGUUUCAUUCGUAUGGUGGAUCCUAGAACUGGUGUGGACAUGAUACCUCAUGUUUUAUACAACAAGGGAUCAAACUUUGCUCGUGUGGAUUAUCAGGGAUUCUAUACUGUAAUCCUGGAGAAAGGUGAUGAAAUUUUAUGUGUGGCUUCUAUCAGAGUACAUGGGACUAAAGCCGCUGAGCUGCCUUUUAUUGCUACUUCUGUAGACUAUCGACGGCAAGGAAUGUGCCGAAUUCUAAUGAACAUCAUUGAAAAGAUGCUCCGUUCAUUUAAUGUUAAGAUGUUGGUCCUUUCUGCCAUCCCAGAGUUGGUUAGCACAUGGGUGUCAGGAUUUGGCUUCAAACCUAUCGAAGAUGCUGAAAGGAAACAACUUCAUAAUGUAAACUUGAUGUUGUUUCCUGGAACAUCCUUACUAACAAAGAGAUUGGAUGGAUUUAUUAUGGCCACAAAACCAGGUGAGGAAAAGGAUAUACAUGAAGUUUCUGGAGUACCUAAUGGUAAGUUUAUGCCUAAUGGGAAAGCAAGUGAGCAUUUCGAACUCCAUGACCUUGACUUGUCCGGGACAGAGUUUAAAGCUGAGGUUUCCAUGAGUGGUCCAUUCAGAACACUGAAACAUGAAUGUGGUUCAGCAGCAUGGUUUCAGUCUACUAAGGUAGCUGUUGGGGAAGUGUGA